GCCAAAGAUUCGAUUUCGCUCGCAGCGCGCGGCUUUGACUCGAAGGCCACAGACACUCUGACCAUCUGGCACGUCGAAGAGGUCGAUGCAAUGACAAUGGGGGCGCUCAGAUCAGAGCUUGCAGCUCGCAAGCUGAGCGACAAAGGCGCCAAGGCAGUAUUGAUCUCUCGACUGUUUGAGAGCAUCGCGCAAGACGUUCCAGCACAGAACAAAAGCCACUAGAGCGCGAACUUCCAAUGGAAAUCAAACGAAUCAUUGCGGAUCAAGUGUCAUACGACGAUCGACUGCUUGAUCUGCUUUCCCUUGAGCAGGUCUCGAGAUCGUGGCGCCAGGCAAUCUAUGGCGAUACACUUGGAUGGAAAGCUCGGGCAGAUCGCUGGGGCUACAAUCCAAAAUACCGCAGAACGGCAGCCAAAGAGGGUUUGACCAAGCAGACCUGGCGAAGCACCGCUCUCGAUGUCUACCGCCGGCGCUGCCAAGCAUGCCACACGACGGGCAAUUACGACGGGGUACACUUUCCUUUCGAGCUUCGAAAGGAUGCAGAACCGAUCGGUAUGACAGUUUGCCCUAGGCAUGUGUCGACCAGGAAUGCGUCUUGGAGCAAGUAUCAUCUGGUGCAUGCUGCAUGGCCUUACAAGCAUAUGGCCAACCUCAGACAUGUGAACGACUUCAAGCGCUAUCCUACUGGCCGUCGAAUGUACUAUGACAGCGACGCAAGAUUCAACAGAAUGUACGCUAAGACACAAGUCGAAGCUCUGCAGGCGGCCUUUGAGACCCGGCAGCGUAGCCGUAUACUCGCAAUCAUGCCCGAUGCUCAGAGAGUUUUUGACAUUACCGACCGGCUUCGCCAAAGUCCCGCGAUCGAUGGCGAUCUACAACAGAGGUAUCGUGACAUCCUCAGUUCGGAUACCGUCAGCCGGUUGGAAGCCGAGAGCCUGCUGGCUACGGCUACGAUCCGACCAAGGCAGCAGACAGUAUUGCAAUCAGCGGACGCCACGGUAAUCACAAGACAGCUCACACAAGAAGCUUGGACCGCAACGAGUCGUUCGCCAGCUGCAGAACGCUUCAAGGAACUGUAUGCUUGUUGCUUGCACGCGCUAGACAAGCAAGCACGCUAUGAGGCUCUGCAGCGCUAUCACACCGUCAGGUAUGGUGACGAGGGUCGCAGGUCGUUCAACGCCGUCUGGGACCGCGAUCAUGCUACGUAUCAAGGCCACAAGUUGGACAGCAGGGACAUAACCUAUCGUACCGACCUUCUAUCUGAGCAACAUAGCAUGUUACGCGAUUACUGCGUCGAGCAACAAGGUGGCACCGUCGAAAUGCUGGCUAAUGAAACUCCAGAGCGCCAGAGCUGGUCCGACCUUCGCCCAAGCGAGAUCGCGCUCAUCUACAAACACUACUAUGUCUUAAAAUGAAGGCCAGAGAUGCAUCAUUUGGACUUGGCGUUCAGAUUGGAAGCCACAAUGCCAGAGUUCGAAUCGCGAACCUCGAGCGUUAUUGUGUUGCAGACCGUGUACUCU